AUGAAAAAAUUGAUCCAAAUGAACUCCACACUAUUCGUUACCAGCGAAAGCACUAAAGAUUUGGGUACUUUUGCAACCACUGACAUUGCUGAUGGCCUGGGAAAUAUAACUACUUAUUCCGCCUCAUACAACCAUGUUUUUGCCGGACUAACCUCCGUCUUUCUCACCAUCUAUAUUCUGAUUAUUUUGGGCUUCCUUGUCGGGCAUUUUCGACUCCUUUCCAAGGCCCAGGCACGUGGAUUUGGUCGCUUCGUUUAUCGAUAUGCCAUUUCGGCCAUUCUCUUUACAACGACAAUGACAAUUCGUCUGGAAGCGAUUCAAUGGCAAGCCAUCUGGUCGAUAUUCAUCGCCCGACUACUGAUGUUCUUCGUCUCGACGAUUGCCUGCUUAGUGAUUUCGCGAGGUCAAUUGUUAGGUCUCUCUGCCAUCGUCAGUCUUCUGCUGACCGAUUCCAACGAUAUCGCUGUGAUGUAUCCUACCUUUCAAAUCCUUCAUCCAAGCAUGGCCAAACACUGUUGCAUUGUUGUUGCCCUCCAAAUCCUCCUCCUUAAACCAAUCGCAUUUCUCCUCCUUGAAAUGAACGUCUUCCGUGAACGGCGGAUGAUUCAGAGGCAUGCUACUCUUACCUCCGCCUCCUCCUCAUCGCCUCGCAUGACCUUGAGGACUCUGUUUAAGAUAUUGUGCCAAAUACUGUUGGAUCCACAGCUCAUCGCCUUCUGUCUCGGCUUGAUCUGCAAUGUGGCGUUUCGAAACCGUCCGCCCAUCUCCCUCACCCACUUUGGGAAUACCUUUGAUGUGGCUUUCACCUCCUGCGCACUAUUCUACCUCGGCUUGGUCUGCGUAAAUGCUGGCACCAACAUUUCAGCCAUGGAAAAACCCCUGCUAACCAUCGUUCUUUCACUCAAAGUGCUAGUUAUGCCAAUUCUCGCAAUAAAGCUCUACAACCUCUUUCCGACCCAUGUUCAAGGGGAUGCCACGGGAACAUUUGUCCUCCUCUACUCUCUAGCUCCGACUAGAGCUACCCUCCUGUCACUUGCAUCAAGGUACGCCGUCGCUCCCAAUCUUAAUGAAGUGUUCACGAUGACCUUGGUGUGUGAUCGUGAUAUUAGAGAGGUGGAGGAGCAUGAAUACCAGUUCAGGCUAAAAUUUGACCUGGCUAAGAUUUGUGGCAACAAAGUGGGAAAUAGCAUCAGAAUUGGGACCAUCCUCUUCUUUCCUUGCCUUUUCGCCUAUGAAUGCAUCCUUUACUUGCUCUCAGCAGAUCCCUCCAUCUAUGCGCACUUUCUUGAAAAAACGGCCGUUUUUGUCUCCUGGGUUAGUCUUAUUACUGGGCUAUGGACGAGGGUGGUGUUUCUAGCUGGUCGUAAAAUGGCUCUAAUGCCGCACAGAUUCGUGAUCUGCUAUCUGGAUUGCACCUUAUUUACCACCAACAUUGUCGUUUUGAGCGCACUCUUCAAGUCUUGGAUAUAUGAUCCAACAGCACGCAUCACAUUGACCGACUACAUCAAAUUCUCCUUCUACCUCUCCGCCUAUUACUGUACUCGCAUGUGGACGGCCUUCAUCUGCAUUGGAAUGCUGAUUCAACAACGUGAGGCUAGACUGAUGCCACGACGAAAUCGCACCGUCUUCUACAUCUUCGGCCUGUUGGCACCAAUCCUCCUCACUGUUUCCAUGAAAAUCAUUUCCCAUGAUGUUCGGCACCAAGACGUCAACCCAUUCUAUCGAUAUGGAACGGUGCAGCAAAAAUUUACACUGGCAGUACUUAUAAUCUGCUUUCUUGGAUCGGUUGUUCCCCUAAUCCUGCAGUUCUGCCUGAGUUCUCGGGGUAGCAAAUUUCCCUGUUCUUCCAACUCCCUCCGUUUAACAUUUUCACGCCGCAAUUUCUCCAGGAGCGCUAAGAAUGGCUACGCUCCCUUAGCCAAUGGCAGCGCGGUCCACGAGGGUGCCGCUAAGUCGGGGACCGAGCGCCUCCUCCCCGAAGCCAUUCCACUAACAAACGAUGUCGAGGGAAUUGAGAAGGAGGAAGUAAAUGCGGGGGUGAUAGUUGACCAAUCACCGACUCAGGGGGAGGACUCCGAGUCCACGGCAGAUCCUAACAACAAAGAUGGACAAAUUCAUCGACACUUUGCUGUAGUUGGUCUUAAUCUUGUGGGCAUGGUAUUUGGAAUGUGUGGCUGCCUUUGGAGGCUACUGGACCUGCGAAUAUCGACGACGGUUAUUGUGUUGGAGUUUAUAGAUCAGGUUUUCAAUUUCGGUCAGGGCUUCCUCGUCUUUUCGCUCUACGGAUUGGAUGUGGAAUGCAUCUCCAAACCACUCUGUUCCAAGUUUCGAGAGCGCAUAACCAUUUGGUUCCUGGCCCUUAAACGGCCGAGAAGACACAGAACAGAGGCUGAGUCAGGAGGGGAUGAGGGCUUGCGGGUGAGAAUUCCCACAAGACAGACUUCCAGUUGGAGAAUUGCGGAGAGUUUUGCUCUCCUUCAUCUAGACGCUUGUGUCGUCGAAAUCUGCAAGCCCGUUCUAUUGCCAACACGGGAGGUGAAACGUGCUUUUGUGCUCGCCGAUUUCCACGAGUGGCUAUUAAAACGCAAUAUUUGCAGCAAUCUGAACGAGGUGCUAUCACUCCUCCUCUCCUUGGAGCUCAACGACUACGCUCGCGGCCUCAGUGUCACCUCGGUCUACGCACUCGACCCGGAGUCCUGUGAAAAGAGCGUCUUUGAAUUCACCCUCCUCAACUAA